AUGAGUUCACCUACGAAAAACACUUGUCUCUUCAGCCUGUCAUCAUCCGAUCCACCAUUGACACAAGAGACGGAAUUGCUUGCACCGCCACAACAACAACAACCACAACAGCAGCAGCAACAGCAAUCAGCACAACAGACAGAAACAGCCAUACCACCACAACAACCACAACCACAACCACAACCACAACAACAACAGCCACCACCACAACAACAGCCAUCUAUGCCAGCUAAGUUAACACACGAUCCCGCCGCUCCGCAGGCGAAGGAGGGAGUCUCCGUUCUCCAGCGCCGCAAUGUGUACAUCUCUGGGCUCUCGGAGAGUCUCCGCGCGGCGGACUUUCGCCAAAUGUGCCAGCAGUUCGGCAGCGUGGAGGCGAGCAAACUCUGCGUGGACACCAAAUCCCGCCCGACGAAGAGUUACGGCUUUGUGCUCUUUGUGCGUGAGGCCGACGCGGCGCGGUGCAUCCAGGAGCUGAACGGCCAGUGGAUUGACGGCCGCCACCUGCAGGCCCGCCUGGCCGACGCCGCCGCGACCCCCGCGCCCCUCGACCCCGCGAGCGCCCACCCGCCGAUCAGCCGCGCCCGCCAGCAGGGCGGGAAGUCCGCCGCCCACAGCGCCGCCGCGUCGUCCUCCACCGCCUCGCUGGCCUCCACGUCCGUCGCGAUGGCCGCCGCCGCGGGGCACCGCACCGCCAACUCGAGUCUCCACAGCGCGGGCGCCAUCGUGGACGGCGCGACGAUGAUGAUGACGACGAAGAGUCUCCCGCUCUCCAUCUCGCCAAGCUCCAGCCAGGACGUCACACCGCCGGUGACGCCAGCGCAGAUGGGCCUCACACCGACGUUCAUGCCGCAGCCGCCAACACACCCCGCCGCCGCCGGCGCACCGCUCCUCUAUCACGUUCCUAUUGACCAGGCCAUGGGAUAUCCACUCACCGCCCUACCCCCACAGCAGCAACAGCAACAGCAACAACAACAGGGCGGCUACAUGCAGUUCCCUCCGCCAUUUGUGCCUUCACCAAUGAUGGGAAUGCCAGUGUACUUUGCGCUCUCGCCAUCCACGUCGGUAGUGGGGAAUGUACCUCAGCAGUUUGUUGUCCCAACGACAAUGAUGGCACCAGGUGGUUAUCAACAACAAAUGUACUCUCCGCUCGUCUUCUCCCCAUGA